UAUCAAUGUACUGAUACGUCGUAGGAACUAGUCGUUCUGGCAGCUGGCAGACAUCGAGUGCCAAAUAGCUACGAUUUCAUUGGCCAACGCCACCGGCAACUAACGGUUAGCGUUUGUGCUAACGGAUGACUUCAGCCUUUGUCCAGUGCGAUUCCAGCCUUUUUCUAAUUUCUAAUCAUUGGUUCCUUCGUGCCCGUCAUGUUAUAUAUAAGUUCCCUCGCUCCCAUAAAUUCUUUAGUCUUCGUUGGCCACCCAUCCCCCAUUAACCCGCCAUGACUGUAUCUCACCCGGACUCCACCAGCACUACCACAACUGCGGUUCCCCUACCUAGUAGAGAUGCUAUGGCUAGCGGUUCAGUCAACAGACCGCCACCAGUGUGGUCACUGGAGUCUAACGGAACCUUAACUCCACCACUUGUCGAAAAAUGUGAUAGACAUGGCCGCCAGGAUGGUGUUUGUUGCAAGGAGCUCAAGGACGAAGACGAUAGAAUCCUGAUAGAUCCUGAUGUUAUCCGCGACGUCAUUAUUGGAUUGUCGGAUGGCCUAACAGUUCCCUUCGCCUUGACAGCUGGUCUGUCUGGCCUAGGGACUUCAAGAAUAGUCGUUGUCGGCGGCCUUGCAGAACUCAUUGCCGGCGCUAUAUCGAUGGGAAUAGGUGGCUUCCUUGCGUCCCAGGCUGAGCGGGACCAUUAUCGAUUCUUGCAGCGCCACACCUACUCACGGGUGAUGCGGAGUUGCGUCGGGGAAAUGGAGAGGGAGGUACAUGCUGUUUUGGGUCCCGUCGGUGUCGACGAAUCUACUUCCCAGGCUGUCACGAAUUGCCUGCGGAAAGUAGAGGAAGAGCCUGGGUUUGAAGAACGUAGACCCGCACCUUCCGAUGAGGAGAAACCAUCACGGGGGAUGAAGAGCGAGUCUGGACUGACACCAUUCUUACUGAAAUUUGGAGAGGGGUUGGAGGAAGUUCCGACUCGCCGACUAUACAUUUCCGCGUUCACUAUCGGCAUGGGAUACCUCUUGGGCGGUAUUAUCCCGCUUCUCCCAUAUUUCUUCAUUCCUCGAGCGCUUGAAGCACUGCAAAUUUCUUGCAUAAUUACUGGGAUAGUUCUUCUCAUAUUUGGUGCCGUCAAAGCUCGAGUCACGGGGGCAGCGAGGAGUAUCUGGGGGUACAUUUGGGGAGCAGUCAGUACGAUGGCUGUUGGCGGAUUCGCUGCCGCUGCCGCCUACGGGUUGGUUGUAGCGGUGGAAAGAUCGUCUAUAUGACAUUAUCAUUUCCCUGUCGAUUUUGGUGGUCUUAUGAUAUCUCUCAUACUGUUUGGAUGAUCCGCUAGAUUAGUACGUUGCCUAUUUUGUGGGAUUUUUCAUGGAAUACCUAUCCACAACAUAUAAUUUCUUUUUCACAUCACAUACAAGGCCUCAUCCAACUGUUUCAGUUGCAAUUUGCACACUCGUUGAAUUAAAAUUUCCUUUGAUGAU